CAUCAUCAGUCGCUCACCAUCAGUUGAACAUUUAGUCCACUACAGCAGGAACAACAUUCAGAUUCUUUUUUGGAACUAACAUUGUAGACGGAAGACAAAACAAAACAACAAAAAAUGAAUAUCUCAUUGCUAUUGCUCUUGGGUGCCUUCUGCAUCGUCGCUGCAACUGACGUGGCCGUGAACAGCAAAAUCGCGAAUGUGACCGAUAGCGAAAUUCCAAGGGACAAACGUGGAUAUUCGUCUGCAUCAUCCGGCGGUGGCAGUUACAACGCCUCACCAUCAGUCACCGUUCCCAACAUUCCGGAAUCCAACGAUCCUUACUCUACUGGAAGCUCUUCUUCCUAUUCUAGCUCAGCAUCCAGCGGAUCGUCAUAUGAAUCCAGCCAAAACACGCCCUCGUAUUCAUCACCGGUUAAUUACAAUCCGGACCCAGCUCCCGCUCCUGCCAGCUACGGUUCUUCGUCCGUUAGCAGCUACGAAUCCAGCCACGCACCUUCGUAUCCAUCGCCUGCCCCAUCCAGCUAUGGCUCCUCAUCCAGCAGCAGCUACGAAUCGAGCCACACUCCUUCGUAUCCGUCACCAGCACCUGCUCCAGCUCCUUCAAGUUAUGGAUCCUCAUCUGGAAAUAGCUAUGCCUCAAGCCAUACUCCUUCGUAUCCAGCUCCGUCCCCGGUUAGUUACGGUAGCUCAUCUUCCGGAAGCAGCAGCUAUGGAUCUUCUUCUGGAUCGCAUGGACCUAGUGCUACAUCGCUGGCCGAACAGGCCGCCAAUCAAGCCAGUGCGGCCCAAAAUGCUCAAGCCGGAGCAGCAGCCCAAGCGGCCCAACAAGCCACUGCCCAACUUGCUGCCCAAGCAUCUCAAGCUGCUCAACAGGCCCAGGCUAUUGUCACGGCCAAACAGGCUCAGACAGCCAUGAUUACUCAAGCUGCACAAGCAGCCCAAUCAGCUGCAUUAGCCGAAGCUACCUUGGCCAGUCAAGUUCAAUUGGCAUUCCAGGCCGUUCAAAGCACCCAAGUUCAAGCCGUUCAGCUCGCCCAGUCUAUCCAGAAUCUCGCCCAGGCAGCUACCAACCACGCCACAACUGCCACUUCAGCAGUUCAAGCAAUCCAGGCCGUCCAAGCUGCCCAGAGCCAAAUGGCAUCUCAAGCUCAACAGAAUGCUGCACAUCUCGCUCAGAAGCAACAAGCCAGUCUUGCUGAUUUGGCAUCCGCCCAACAGGCCGCUAACAAAGCAGCUGCUGCUGCCUCGGCUGCCCAAUCGAACGUUUCUGGUGGUGGAUCCUACUCGACUGGCUAUGGCAGUGGUAGCAGCAGCAGCCACGGAAGCAGCUCAUCCGCAUAUGGCUCUUCAUCCAGCAGCUAUGGUAGCAUGUCCUCAUCGUCGACCACAUACGGAAGUUCAUCGGGCGGAUCCAGCUAUGGAAGUUCGUCCGGAGCUGCCAGCUAUUAAUACAGUUUACAAAAGAGAUUGGCAUCAGCCAUGACACACCCAUUAACCGAUACUCUGUACUACGACAAAUGCGAAAUAUGUCUUUAAGCAUCGACGUCCAGCUGUGCUGCGUCUUUGAAUUUAAUAACAAAUGAUUUUUUCUUUUUUUUUUUUUAAAGAAUAUACAAUAUAAUAUUUCAGUUGAUCUCUUGAGAAUGGAAAUCAUAAUACAAUAUAGUGGAUGGUA